AUGUAUUAUCUAUUAAAAAAUACAUUAAACUUUGAUAGCUUUAAGAAUAUAAAACUCGAUUUAAUUAACAAAAUCGAGACAUCUGAUAUUUCAAAUUCACAUGAAGAAAAUGAAGUAUUUAAUUUUUUAAAAGAUAAAGAACUGUCUUCUGACGAAUUAAAUUUCAGUAAACAAAGAAAUUUAAAAAAUACACUUUCAAUGGAAAAAAAACUAAAGCAUAUCAAUAGUUUGAAGAAGUAUUUAAAUGAUAUAACAAAUAUAAGAUAUAAUGAAAAAUCAAGUUCCUAUAAAAGCAAAAAGAAAGCUCUCAGUGAAGGAAAUUUAAACGUAUAUUCAAUAUUAGAAGAUUUCUAUAAAUAUGAAAACAAAACAACUCAAAUAUUAAAGAACGAAACAAAUAUGAAAACAGUAAUAUUGCAUGAUAUGUUUUAUGAAACUUUGCAUAAAAAGAUAGAGAAAAAUGGAUUUAUAAAAAAACAAUUUAUUAAAAACUUCUUAUUGAAAUAUGUUUCGCAAAAAUGUAAAAACAACAAUAUGAAAUGCAUUUUAAUAACAAAUAAAAUCGUAAUAAAUGGUAAAUUAAAUAUCUAUAUUCAGUGUUGUGACAAAUUCAUUAUUGGAAAGGAUAACAACAAUAAAAAUACAAUGGUUUAUUUAGAAAAAAAUAUCUACAAAAUGUUAAUAAAAAAGAAAUUAAAUUUUGUAAAAAAUAAUAGAAAUUUGAAAAAUUGUCUAAAGAAAUUGCUUCUUGAAAGAAAUAACAUUAAAACUAAUCAAGUUAGAUACGCUAUGAAAGAAAUAUAUUUAAAAAAAAAAUUAUGCUUAAAAAAUAUUAAAUAUGAAAAAUAUUUGAGUAAUAGUACAAACAAUCAUGAAAAUAUUGAUAUGAUGAGGGAAACCAAUAUAACACUCCCCCUUAUGGAUAAGCAGGGAUUACAUGUGUACAACCAAAAUGAAUUUAGCAACGACAUGUAUAAGCUUGAAGUAACAGACAUUUAUGAAAAUGGAAAUAAUUUAAAAGCUCGAAAUUCUACUAACACAAUAAAUAUAGAUAUAAAUAGUAAUAAAGAUGAAAAACACAUUAGUAGAAUUAGUUUGUUUAAAAAGUGUAAUGAAGUUUUUGAAAUAAAUAACUUAAAAGAUAGUAUAAAUAAAAAUGCGUUUAAUCAAAAAAAUAUAAAUUUGAGCAUAAUAAGAAGAAUGAGUACUAAUAAUCACCGGAUAAAUAAAAACCAUGUAAAAAAAAAUAAAGAUAAAAAUUUUCACUUUCUUAGUAACAAUAUAAACUUUUAUGAAACCUUAAUUAAAAGGUCAAAAUGCAAAGAAAACAAUUUUAUAAAAGAUAACACCUUUUCUGAUAAAAAUAUAAUUCAAAAUAGAGAAAUUAACGAAAUAAAGGAAAAAAUUAAAACAACUUUAAUAGGUUUAAACAAUAUAAAAAAAAAUAACUAUAAAUUAAAAUUUUGUCUUGAAAAAGAAAUAAUUGAUAAUACAAUCCAUCAUAAUGAAUUAAAAAAAAGUAUAACUUCUCUUUUCAAUGAAAAUACUUUACAAAACAAUAUAAAUGGAAAAACUAUAAAACAUCCUAAAAAUAAAAAAAAGUCAACAAAUACAAGUAAUAGUAGACAAAAAUAUAUAGAGAUGGGUGUAGAAGGAAAUGGAGAAUAUACAAGUAAUGAAAGCAAUCAAAUUGUUAACAUAAAUUUGCAAACGAAUGUAGAUUGUAUAUAUAAUAAAAUAAAAAAUGAAAAUACAAAUUGGAAAAAAUAUAUAGAAAACAAAACAGAUGAGCAGGAAAUAUUUUUUAACAAUUUCAAUACUGAUGAAUUUUUGGAAAGAAAAUGUACACAAUUAAAAAGAGGGGAAGAAUAUUUAAAAGAAACAAAUAAUAAGAUAAAUAAAAAAAUAUACACACUCAAUAAAAACGAAUUAAAUGAAAAUAAUUUAAUCAAUAGAAGAAGCAUUAAUAAUUGUAAGUUAGUUUGUGAACAAAAAAGUGAUAUGAUAAAAGAUGGUGAAAGCAAGCUAUAUAAUAAAAUUGAAGUAGAGCCAGAUAAUAAUUUUACAAAUAAAUUAAAAAACACAGACAAAAAAGAAGUUAUAGAUAAUGUUGAAAAUUAUGAAAAAAGAAUUACACCUGACAAUAUGGGAAAUGCUGAAAAUGCAGAAAAUUCUGAAAAUGAAUAUAAAGAGGACACAUUAAUAAAUAAUAUAAAAAAUAAUAAUGAUACAUUGAUUAGUGAUAAAAAGAAUAUAACACAAAACACGAUUAAUUCUAAUAAUUUUACAAAAAGUUUUACUUUAAACAAUAUGUUGCCAAGUUCAUAUAAAACCACAAAAGAAGAGUUUGAUAUAAAAAAUGUAAGAUAUAUCAAAAAAAUAAUAAAUUGUGAAAUAUAUAUAAAUAGUAAAUUUGAAAAAAUAAAUGAAAGGAAUAAAAAUGCAAUAAAUAUAAUUGAAAAAUAUUUAAAUAACAGAAAUAGGAAAACACAUAUAGACUUCACAAAACAAAAAGAAGGGAACAAAUCAUGUUUUAAAACUAAUUAUAUAUUUGAAAAUACAAAGAAUGAAAAAAAAGUUAAAUUAUUACCAAAUUUAUAUGAUCAUUAUGCAUGCUUAUUAUUGAACUUAAAAAAUUCAAAAGUUAUAUGA